AUGGAAGCGAUAGUAUACCACUCUGAUCAUAAUAGUUACGUGGCCCAAACACCUUUUAAGCAUCAGUAUCUCGGCUCUGUGGACCAACAGUGUUAUCCAUGUGUUAUGCAGGAGGACAGUUCUGCACUCGACCUUCACGCGCUCGGAGCAGGUCAAGCUGAAGGCCACACGUGGGAUUUGCAAGACUGUAGUUUUUUUCAGACACCCCACGCGACGUGUGCUAGUGGCAGCAGACUCACUAGCGGGAUUCGACCUCACUGUAUGAUUCAGGUGGACCAAAAUAACGACAAUGACGUGUCAGUGAAAAUUAAUGGAACAAGCACUAAAAGCUUCGUCUUCAAGAACGUCUACCCUUGGAUGAGAGAGACUCAGCCUGCCAAUGCAAGUCUUGAUAGAACCAGCGCCUGCCAAUCAGGGGCAUCACCGUAUAACAGUGGUGAACUGGACUCUCCAGAGACAGAAAGAAGGAAUGACAGCAGCUCCAGUAGGAAGCGUAUACGCACAGCUUUUACCUCUUCCCAGCUGCUGGAGCUUGAGAAAGAGUUCCACUUCAGUGCGUACUUGUGCCGCCCACGGCGCCUUGAGAUGGCGUCGCUGCUCAAGCUGACUGACCGACAGAUUAAAAUCUGGUUCCAAAACCGUCGCAUGAAGUACAAGAAAGACCACAAGGGAAAAGCAAUUGUUUGGCCAUCCUUUUUAAGUGUCCAAUCUUCAGGAGACGGCAGUAGUAGUGCUAUGGACAUUACAGCUACAGCCUCACACAAUCUCCAGUGCUUCAACCAGCCGAUCAUGAACUGGACUCAAUGCAGUUAUGGAGACACUAUUUGCAGAGACUGGUUCCUGCUUACAAAGUCAGCUACACCUACUAAAGUAAAUGUUUUAGACCUGAGAAAUGCACCUCAACCUGUUCCCAGACAUGACACUUCAAAUUUGGCCUCAGGGCAUUUCAGUUUGCAACAGCAAGAUGAAGGCUGUAUCCUGGGACCUCGGGGACUCUCGUACAUAUGA